CAACUUGUUUGAAAUUAGUGGUAUACUUAUUUCCCGGAAUUAGUGAGAUUUUGUUAAUUUAGAUUUAGAGAGAAAGUUCAGUAUAGAUCUGUCGUUGUUCUUUGAACUACAGUUAUUAAUUAUUAUGCAAAAAGUUUAUAUUAUGAUUCCAUUUUUUUCGAUACUGAUUCAUGUGACAAAAAUGUGUUUAAAAUUUCGUAAGAAUUGGUCAAAUAGUUUUUGUAAAAGAUAUUAUUCGUUAUAAAAAAAAUUAAAUUGAAUGUAAGGAAAGUAGAAUAACUUAAUAGUGAAAUUCCAAAUAUUUGUGUGAACACCAAAUAAUUGUUUUAAAAUUUUAUUGUACGAUUCGCAGUCGUUGUUUGUGCGCUUUGGAAGCAUAAACACGCUAAACGUAUUAGGUGUCACUCUGCGAAUCCAUUGUCUCUCAAAAUAAUUUAAAAACGGUAGCAUAGCAAUUUGUGUCUGUGGCAAUAAAUUUGCCUUAAUUUCUUCAUAUGCGUUCAAAAUUUCGUAGUUGGGUAACAAUGGGAGUGCUAGAAUUAGCUUUAAACAAUGGUGAGCUUCAGCAGAUUCCUGUAUCAGUUGUUCAAGUCCUAAGGAAAGCUUUGUCGUAAUGCUGUUCUUAAAGCUGUUUCAUAGUCACUCAUUGCUUCAACUACAGUCAAAUUUGGAAACAGUCUCUUUAAACCCUCAAAACAGCAACAUAAGAGCUCUCAUCCCGAAGCUUCGAUUAGCGCAACAUUCUCAAGAUGCGAAAAUUCCAUGUAUAAAUGGCGUACAAAGAGUUUACCGCCUGAAAUAAAUUCAUUAGAGUCUUAUGCAAAUAUUGUUAAUAUGAAUAACUGGAAGCACCUUUUAAAUCACCAAAAUGGAUCCUUAAAUGUUUCAUCGGUUGUGGGAACAAAUUUGGAUACGUCAGUUAUUUUCGUCGAUUUGAAUUUUGCAAAUAAAGUUUGCGAAAAUUGUAAUAUAUUUAUUGACGCAACAUUUAAAGUAGUACUGACAGUAAAUGAUGUACAACAACUUUUGGUCAUCAAGGCAGAAAAAUUUAAUCAUGCAAAUUUGAGGAACAUAUUUACCUUAGGACUUGAACAACUGAUACAGGAAUCUGCUGAAGCUCACCAUUGUUUAAAGCUAAUUCUAGCACUCCCAUUGUUACCCAACUACGAAAUUUUGAACGCACAUGAAGAAAUUAAGGCAAAUUUAUUGCCACAAACACAAAUUGCUAUGCUACCGUUUUUAAAUUAUUUUGAGAGACAAUGGAUUCGCAGAGUGACACCUAAUACGUUUAGCGUGUUUAUGCUUCCAAAGCGCACAAACAACGACUGCGAAUCGUACAAUAAAAUUUUAAAACAAUUAUUUGGUGUUCACACAAAUAUUUGGAAUUUCACUACUAAGUUAUUCUACUUUCCUUACAUUCAAUUUAAUUUUUUUUAUAACGAAUAAUAUCUUUUACAAAAACUAUUUGACCAAUUCUUACGAAAUUUUAAACACAUUUUUGUCACAUGAAUCAGUAUCGAAAAAAAUAGAAUCAUAAUAUAAACUUUUUGCAUAAUAAUUAAUAACUGUAGUUCAAAGAACAACGACAGAUCUAUACUGAACUUUCUCUCUAAAUCUAAAUUAACAAAAUCUCACUAAUUCCGGGAAAUAAGUAUACCACUAAUUUCAAACAAGUUGUUCAUUUUAUGACCAUUUAGCUUCCUCAAUAUAUAAAAAUUGCAGUUUUGCAAACUUUUGAAAAAUUAUGU